AUCAAACAGUCACGUGUUUGAUCGCUCAGAGAAAGAGGUCAUAACUGUAGGUAUAGUGACAUUCUGGCGCGCACGAUGCACAGCUGAGAACAAGAGGUCGAGAGGUGUACAUGUAGGAUCUAGUGUUAAUACCAGUCGGAGGCUGCUGAUUUAACAUUUUUUGGACAACUCGGCAAAAGGAUAACAGAGAUGCACCGGACAACCCUAAUACCGAUCACGGAGUUGAACCCCCAUCUUAUGUGCGUACUUUGCGGAGGAUACUUAGUGGAUGCUACUACCAUAGUGGAGUGUCUGCAUUCAUUUUGUAAAACGUGUAUAGUGAGCUACCUGAAAAGCUGUGAAUACUGUCCAAUAUGCGAUGUAAUGGUCCAUAAGACAAAGCCGCAUGUCAAUCUAAGGCCUGAUAAACAAUUGCAAGCACUAGUCUACAAACUUGUCCCUGGCCUUUUUAAAGACGAAAUGAAACGAAGACGUGAAUUUUACGCAGAUCAUCCUGAAGCAGGGCCAUCUACAAGAGCAGUAGAGGAGAGGGGAGAGGUGGAAGAGGAAUAUGUCAUUCACACCCUGGAUGAGAAAAUCAGUCUUUCUCUAGAAUACUUCAGUCAUUCCAAUGAGACGAAUCCUGUUCAAGAACACAUAGAUGCGACUGUAAGGCAGCAUUGGUCAACUAGGUAUCUGCUAUGUCCUGCAGGAUUCCUUGUGUGCCAUUUGAAGAAAUUCAUUAGGAUGAAGUUCCAGCUACCAAAAAAGUCAAAGGUAGAUAUAAUGCACUAUAAGGCCACAGAAGAAGUGCUAAAGGAUGAUUACACUCUCAUGGAUAUUUGCUACAUCUAUGCAUGGAGACGGGACAACCCACUGAGACUGUUCUAUUCCAUAGAAGACAUUAAAGAUGCUCCUCCUACAAAGAAAAUGAAGUUAACUCACCAACCUAUACUCUCAGAGAAAGUGCCAUCAGAGAAAGCUCAUGUGAAAGCCUCUGAAACUAGUGAUUCAAGUGCCAUUGAUAAAGACAUAAUCAUUGUUGAUGAAGCCCCAUCAUGCAGUGAUACAAAAACAGACAAUAUGGACAAAAUAAAUACUGAGGAAUCAGUAGCAGGGACCUCCAAUGAUAUUAACACAAGGACACAAAACGGUAAUAUGGAACAAGCAGAAAAUGUAACUGAAGAAGCAGACACUAUGAUUCAAAACAAAGUACCUGAUACACCUUGUGUGGAUACUAUUGACAAUUCAAAUAAAAUCGCUUCAUCAAAAGAGAACACCACAAAUGACACUGAAUUACCAGUAAGUGAUAAUUCAGGAAGUGUGUAUCAAUCGGGAGAGCCUCAAAUAACAGUUACGGAUAAACAUAAUGGCCCUGACAUAACUGUGGAGAAGUCUCACUCUAUAAGUAUAACAAAUGAAACACACACAGAAUCCACAGAUUAUGCCGACUCUCACAUGGAUACUAAUUUGAACCCUGAAUCUCAAAAUAAUAUUGAUGGUGAUCAUGAAGAGGAUGUUGACAUAAAUAUAAUGGAUAAUGAUGAUGAUGAUUAUUGUCCUGAAACUCCUCAAAGCCCUGAUCCCCCACAAAGCCCUAUGUUCACUGAUCCAAGUGGAUCAAAUGAUGAGACAGAUGAUACUGAUCACCCAUUGCAAAUCAAUUUGGAUAGUAUAGACAGUGCAACUGAUAACAAUGACUCUAAUGGCAUGGAUUGUACACCAGAUUCUCAGGUAUCUGAAACUCUUCCUGAAUCUGAACUUACUGACUGUAAUGUGACUCAUGCUAAUCAGGAUAUAUCUCAAAACAAUACUCAUGAACCAGCACAAUCUGGACAUGAAUCUACCCAUAUAGGUGCUACACAUGUGCCCCAUGUGAUCAAUGGUGAUACUGCAUAUUCCUACGACCCCACACAAGUACCAGGGGUUCAGAGAUCAGUACCAGCUCCUCACCAAAUGGAUAUGGGUCUUCAAGCUGGUCCUAUUCACUCUCCAAUCUUGGAGAAUAUUUUACCACCUCCAAAUCCAAUGUUAGCCCACCCUGUGAUAACUCAACCCAGCCAUAUAAUGGAGAAUGCACUUCCUCCAUUGAAUGCUUUAAUGCAGCAUAACACACAAACUAUGAACAGUAUUAUGGAGAACACUAACCGACUGGUUAGUACAUAUGGAGUUAACCCUCUAAUUGACAUUAUGGAUAGCAACACUAAUGCAAUAAAUAUGCUUCUACACAACCCGAGUGCAAUGAACUUAUUCGAUCAAAAUACAAUGAAUCGUAUCCAUGGUGAUCUACACACUCAAAUCAACCCGAUGAUACAAAAUCAUCCACAGGCAAUGAACAAUAUUUUGGAAAAUAUGAAAAAUAUUAGGUUCCCUGGACUUCAUAAUGGUUUACCUACCACAAUACCUCCAGAGCAAAUGCAUAAUAUUGGAGCCCCACAAAAUCAAGGAAUGCAUCCUAUGGUCAGCAUGAAAAACACCAAACUUGCAAAUCCAAUGGAAGUGCAGCACACAAUACCACCAUCAACAAUGAAUAACUUAGGUAUUAUACCCAACCCAACCCCACCUACUGUGUUAAAACCCACCAAGGACCAAACCAGCGCUACAAUGGAUUUAAUACCCAAAACACUGACCCCAUCAGCCAUUAACAACCAAACCUUACCAUUGGUUAACAGUAAUGGUACAACACUGAAUGAUACUAUGAUGAACAAUCAUGUACAAGAUACUAAUCACACAGCCCUCAAAGAAAUGGAUUAUAAUACACCCAUCCCAGCAUCUAUGAACCUCUCCACAACAACAUCAGUGCCGGACACUUCUAUAGCAAGCACAACUGAAUCUGUAAAUAGCACACCAGAUACUGGUAAAGACUCAGAGACUGAACAAGCUCAAAGUUCAUCCACAGAGAGCAGUCCUGAUAACAAUAACAAAGGUUCUACAAGUCCUGGGUUCACAUCAUUAGAGAAAUGUGAUGGCUGUGCAGCUAAUGCAGCAAAUGUUGGAGUAGCUAAAGCAAAAGCAAAGAGUGCCCAAACUGGUCGAUCUGGUUAUCAAAAUAGAAAGAGAAGAAGUAAGAACAAAGCAGCUGGUGUAAAGCAGCCAACAACUAAAGUAACUGCAUCUCAACUCAUCGCUGGAGUCAGUCUUAAGAAAACUGAUGGGUUGAAUAUCCCUCAACGACAAGUUGAAGAAGAUCCUGUUGUCAAACAGGAAUCAGAAGCAGACUCUCGGCCACAAUUAGGAAAUAACAAAACUCCAGAACCAACAAAUGCAUUGAAUUUGACAAUUAAAACAUCUCCUAAGGAUUUAACUGGUGACAAAGAAAGAGUGAGUGAAACUGAUAUUGAAAAUAUUAAUGAAGAAUCUAUGUCACCUACUAUACCAAUUUUAUCUAUGCCACAGUUCACAUCUGGCUCAUUCACAUCUAACCCAUCCCCAAUUACCAGUUCCUCAUACAUUGGAGGUAGGGUGGUAUCUAGUCAACAUCCAGGGGCCCGGAAGACCCCACUCCUAACUAAUUCCAGGAAAUCAAGAACCCGAACCCCUCCAAAAAAUACCAUAUAUAGUAAAGCUGCACAGAAAGAACAGACAAAAUUAAUUACUCCACAAAGCUUACAAUCGAUGACUCCAUUAUUGGAUAGUAUUAAAACAUCAGGUGCGUCAGUUCAAUUACUGAGCAUACCUAAACAGCAGCUUAUGAAUGGAGGACAAAUCUCUCUGCCAGUCAGCCUGACAGGAACUAAAGGCAAGACAAGUGCGUAUCUUUUGUCAACCCCACCGACCAGUUCAGGGGGGAACAUGGCCAUCAAACAAAUGCUACAAAUGCCUAUUCUAACCCCAACUGAAAACCCCUAUUGGUUGGUAACAAGUGGAAUCUCAAUGGCCCACAGGACACCUGUUACGUCACAGAAUGGACUUAAUACAAGCAGGAAUACAAUUCGCCCACCACCUAAUCAGGCAAAUAAAAGGACACAGCCAUUAAUAAACAGAAUCCCAGCCCAUUUGAACAGACCAUCGGCACCAAAGGAAACACCCAUGGCAUCCGAUUAUAUAAAAUCUGCCAUUCAAAAACUAAAUAGUACUUUGAAGCCACAAGAUGGAGUAAAAUAUUCAGAAAAUAAUACAACAAAACCUAAUGGAUUAAUCCAAUCAAAACCUCAAUAUGGAAUAAUGGGUAAAACUUUAACGAAUGCUUUACCAAAAGUGAACGGCCACAUGUCGAGCCGACCUGCCAAGUAUCAGAAACUGAAUGGCAUGAUGAGUGUGAUUACGAAGACCACACCUACCAUACUAAAUAAUGUGAACAAUUCUACAACUGACUCAAGCAGAAAUAUGAAUAACAAACGAACAAGGAGUGAUGUAUGAUUUGAAAUUACCCGACCAUUAUGUAACUCAUCUGCCAUAUAUUUUAUACAAACAGGAGUUUCAUCAGAAAAAAUUAAUGGAUAUUAUACUUUUAACGUAGAAACAGUCAUGAAAUUCCACAAGUCAACAAGCAAUUUUGGUGAAAUCUCCUGUUUCACAUAUUUGCUGAUGAAACUCCUGGUUAGUGCCUGAUAUAUGAAAUAUGCAAUCAAAACCUUUCAAAAUAGAGACCAUUUGUUGUCAUCAUGAUCCAUUUAGAACAUUCCUGUCCAUAACAACUGUAACAUUAUGAAACUGAUUCUAAUCAGUCUAACAGCAUUGAAAUUGUUUGCAAUAUUAUAUUCAACAAAAUGCUUGCAAUAUUAUGAUGACACUUUUCUACUUUUUCUAGUAAGUCUAUUUUUACAUUUAUAUAUGGUGCUGAAACUCAUGACAAUAGUGUUAAAUAGUGCACUAUGUCUUUCUGCCCCUCCCCCAGUUGCUAUUAUACAGUAUUUCCAUCACAUGAAAUGACAUGUUCACAUCGCUUCAAGACAGAAUACACAUCUUAUUUAUUUUAAAAGAAAACUAGUGAAGUCAUAUGGUUUUUAUAAAAUAACUGAAAUUUAAAUGUGAUAAUGUGAAGGCAUUUUCUUAAAAUGUCAAAACCUGGAAAAAUGGCAAAUAUGGGAUCACAAAAUAUGGUGACUUACAUUAUAUCAGGGCUUCUUGAUGGUAAAUUGAAAAUAAAAGCUUUUAUUUAAAAAAGUGAGCUUUGGGUGCAAUUAUGACUAAAACUUUAUGCAUGGGAAUGAACUAAUUUCACUAAAAGUUGGAAAAAAAUUGCAAACAAUUACUUGCAAUUUACUGUACUAAAGAGACAAAUUACAGGAAGUGUGUCUCUUCUUUCAAAAAAAAACAAUACAUUUGUCUGUUUUUUUAUAUAAUGUAUCUAAUCUUAAUUCCCUCAGCAUAAAAGUCAACAAUAGUUGCACUUAGCUUAGUGGAUUCUGUUACUAGGUUGAUAAAAAAUAGAAAUAAUUUUCAUGGUUAAAAUGGAAAAGUGUAAUGAUUUUGGACCUGCAUGGAAAUUAAAUGGAGUAGAAAGGCUGGAGGCUAGACUAGUAGCUUUACAAAAAUUGUCACAAUAUUCAUUUCACACUUCACUUCAAGGUAUUCCUUUUUAUGAUGAUCAAAAAAUGAAAAUGGGACUUCCCUUUUUUCAAUUCCAAUAAAUGUGGACAUUUCUGUACCUUAACUUUAUAACCUCUCUAUUUGAUCAAAUAUCUCAAUCAUUAAUGCUGAAAUUAAAUCCCUCCGAGUUACUUUAAUCCAAAAAGGUAACACGACUAAUGACAGCAAUAGUGGUAAUGUGAUAACAAUUAAUACAAUUGUUCACUAAAUGUCACCCUCAGUGUCCACAUGUCACUGUCAUAACUGACAAAAUCUUGUCACAGUUAAUGACUUAAUGUGACCAGUAUUGCAUGUUGAGAAAAUGAGAGCAGGUGCAUCAUUGAAAAACAUGUGGUCAUGUGAUCAUCAUGUGCUCACAUGUUGUAUGAUGAUUUAAUUAAACAUGUAAUAUUAAAAAUUAACAAAUUAUAUUCAACUAUAAAAUAUUUGUCUCAUAUUUUGAUCAACUUUCCAUCAAGAUAUUCAAAUAAGAAAAUCGCGAUGCCAUCAACAACACUUCUUAUGCAGUUAUGAUGAUGUAUGUAUUUUUGGUGUAAUAUAUGUGUCUAGGGGACAAAGUCAAUAUAUCAAUGUACGCUAACAAACAAACAUAUUUAAUAUUGUUAGGAGAUUGUGAUUUUUUGACAAAUUCUCUUUAACUUUGAAAAAGAAUAAACAAAUAUGCACUUAAAAAUUUGGGGGAGAAGGGGUCAAAUUUAAAUGUAAAUUAUUACGUUUUAGGGACAACAUUGAAGUAUUGACACAGUCCCUAAAUAAUAUAACAAAUUGGCUGCCAUAUAUUAUGAUUUAAUGCUCAAGUUCUGGCCAGUGAGACGCUUGCAAAUAUUGUUGUCAUGGUGCUGUGUAUGUUUGCUAUUGUGUCAUGUGAUAUUCAUUUGUUCACAUGUUGUACAAUGAUUUAAUUAACCAUGUAAUAUUAAAAAUAAACAAAAUGUAUUCAUUUAUAAAAUAU